UGGCUACACCAUGGCGGAAGCAGAGGAGAAGGAAAUCAGGUCUAACGAAGAAUCUACGGAUGAUUCUGAGGAAGAUGAGAGUGAAGAAGAACCCAAGCUGAAGUAUGAAAGGCUUUCUAAUGGAGUGACUGAAAUUCUCCAAAAGGAUGCAGCCAGUUGCAUGACCGUGCAUGAAAAGUUUUUGGCACUCGGCACACAUUAUGGCAAGGUUUAUUUACUUGAUGUCCAGGGAAACAUCACCCAAAAGGUUGACAUUAGCCCAGUGAAGAUAAAUCAGAUCAGCCUGGAUGAAAGUGGAGAACAUAUGGGCAUAUGCUCGGAAGAUGGCAAGGUGCAGGUAUUUGGAUUAUAUUCAGGAGAAGAAUUUCAUGAAACAUUUGACUGUCCUAUUAAAAUUGUUGCUGUCCACCCUCAGUUUGUAAGAUCCCACUGCAAACAGUUUGUAACGGGAGGAAAAAAGUUGCUGUUAUAUGAGAAGACUUGGAUGAACAGAUGGAAGCCUUCUGUUUUACACGAAGGAGAAGGAAACAUAAGAAAUGUAAAAUGGAGAGGACACUUAAUUGCUUGGGCCAAUAAUAUGGGUGUGAAGAUACUUGACAUGAUCUCCAAGCAAAGAAUUACCAAUGUGCCUCGUGAUGAUAUAAGCCUUCGCCCAGAUAUGUAUCCCUGCAGCCUUUGCUGGAAAGAUAAUUUAACACUGAUUAUUGGCUGGGGAACUUCAGUAAAGAUAUGUUCGGUAAAGGAACGGCAUGCCAGUGAAAUGCGAGACCUGCCCAGCCGCUAUGUAGAAAUAAUUUUCCAGUUCGAUACUGAAUUCUACAUCAGUGGACUUGCACCUCUCUGCGACCAGCUUGUUGUACUUUCAUACGUAAAGGAGGUUUCUGAGAAAACGGAAAUGGAAUAUUGUGCAAGACCUAGACUGGAUAUUAUUCAACCCUUACCUGAGUCUUGUGAGGAGAUCUCCUCUGAUGCUCUGACUGUUAGAGGAUUCCAAGAAAACGAAUGUAGAGAUUAUCAUUUAGAGCAUUCAGAGGGUGAAUCGCUGUUUUACAUUAUUAGUCCAAGAGAUAUUGUUGUGGCUAAAGAGCGGGACCAAGAUGACCACAUUGACUGGCUUCUUGAAAAGAAGAAAUAUGAAGAGGCUUUGAUGGCAGCUGAAAUCAGUCAGAAGACCAUAAAAAAACACAGGAUUUUGGACAUAGGCUUAGCCUAUAUAAAUCAUCUAGUGGAGAAAGGAGAGUAUGACUUGGCUGCCAGAAAAUGUCAGAAAAUACUUGGAAAAAACACAGAACUCUGGGAAUUUGAAGUUUAUAAGUUUAAAGAAAUAGGACAACUUAAGGCAAUUAGCCGUUAUUUGCCAAGACGGGAUCCAAUUCUGAAGCCUCUCAUCUAUGAAAUGGUCCUGCAUGAGUUUUUGGAGAGUGACUAUGAGGGUUUCGCAAUGCUGAUAAAAGAGUGGCCCGGAGAUCUCUAUAACAAUGCGAUCAUAGUUCAAGUAGUAGUGGAUCACCUGAAGAAAGACCCACAGAAUAGGACCUUGCUCAGAACUCUUGCGGAAUUAUACACCUAUGACCAACGCUAUGGCAAAGCCCUUGAAAUUUACCUAACACUGAGACACAAAGAUGUUUUCCAGUUGAUCCAUAAACAUAAUCUUUUCAGUUCUAUCAGAGACAAAAUUGUUCUACUCAUGGAUUUUGAUUCAGAGAAAGCAGUGGACAUGCUAUUGGAUAAUGAAGAUAAAAUUUCAAUCGACAGAGUUGUAGAAGAAUUAGAAAACAGACCUGAGUUACAGCAUGUGUAUUUGCAUAAGCUUUUCAAAAGAGACCAUCAUAAAGGACAGAGGUACCACGAGAAACAGAUCAGUCUCUACGCUGAAUACGAUCGUCCAAACCUGCUGCCGUUUCUCAGAGACAGCACACAUUGUCCGCUAGAGAAGGCUCUUGAGAUCUGCCAACAGAGGAACUUUGUAGAAGAGACCGUCUAUCUUCUGAGCAGAAUGGGGAAUAGCCGUAGUGCACUGAAGAUGAUAAUGGAAGAAUUGUAUGAUGUAGAUAAAGCUAUUGAAUUUGCCAAGGAACAAGAUGAUGGAGAACUAUGGGAAGACCUCAUUUUAUAUUCUAUCGACAAACCACCUUUUAUUACUGGCUUGUUAAACAACAUUGGUACCCACGUUGACCCCAUUCUUCUGAUUCACCGCAUUAAGGAAGGCAUGGAGAUUCCUAAUCUGAGAGAUUCACUGGUGAAAAUUCUCCAAGAUUACAAUUUGCAGAUUUUGCUACGUGAGGGAUGCAAGAAGAUACUUGUUGCAGACUCACUGUCACUAUUGAAGAAAAUGCACCGAACUCAAAUGAAAGGCGUCCGCGUGGAUGAGGAGAAUAUCUGUGAAUCGUGUCUUUCCCCUAUACUUCCUUCAGAUGCAUCCAAAUCCUUCAGUGUGACAGUGUUCCAUUGCAGGCAUAUGUUUCACAAAGAGUGCCUCCCUGUACCUAGCACAAUGUCCCCAUUGCAGUUCUGCAACAUCUGCAGUGCUAAGCACAGAGGACCAGGCAGUGCGAUCUUGGAGAUGAAAAAAUAGCAUUCUCCAUAUACUCUCACACAUGUCUCAGAACCAUUUUGUGGCACUAAGCAGUGCCAUUGAUGAUGAUGCUGUUAAGAGAUUGUAUAUAAUUCUGAGUGUUAUUUAAAACAAAUUUCUAAAAAGUA